CAAGGCCGUGCUAUAUUGUUCAAUAAUUUAGUUUAAACAACCAGUCAUUACUCUGCCUCUUUCAGAAAAACAUCAAAUAUGGUGCUUUCGCUAGAUCGGUGGGUCGGAAAAAUAGCCGUAGUGACAGGUGCAAGUUCUGGAAUAGGCGCAGCCAUUGCUGAGUUCCUCGUCGACAAUGGAAUAACAGUCGCUGGUCUAGCUCGUCGGUCCGAACUCGUCGAAGAAAACGCCAAACAGCUUUCUGGGAAACCAGGAAAACUGUAUGCUAUUAAAGCUGACAUCAGCAAAGAAGAAGACAUUCUGAAUGCUUUUAAAUGGAUUGAGGAAAAUUUGGGCCAUGUGCAUAUCCUUAUCAACAAUGCUGGUGUGGCUAAGGAAAAUUUUUUGAGGAAUGGUGAUACAGCGGAUUGGAAGCAAACUUUCGAUGUUAAUGUUAUGGGACUGUGCAUUGCGACUCGAGAGGCUAUUAAAAUAAUGUCUGCUAAUAACAUCAAUGGGCAUAUUAUCCAUAUCAAUAGUGUGCUUGGUCAUAAAGUGGUGCCUUUUCCAGGAAUUAACGUUUAUAUUGCGAGUAAAUAUGCAGUGACCGCUUUAACAGAGACUCUGCGGCAAGAAUUGAGUGCCAUUGAUUCUAAAAUUAAAACCACUAGCAUCAGCCCUGGAUUAGUUACCAGCGAGAUAACAGUUCUUAAUACCGGGUUUAGUGAAGAACGUAAAAAUAUAUUUAAAUCUAUGCCAAUACUAAAGGCAGAAGAUAUCGCGGAAGCUGUGGGAUAUGUCUUAUCUACUGCUGAAAAUGUUCAGAUUAAUGAGUUAACCAUCACCCCGCUUGGAGAAUAAUUUUAAGUUCACCAGCUGCCUAUAUUAUACAUAUAUACAUAUAUCACCCCAAUAUGUAUUUAACUACAUAUGUACUUGGAUGUAUUGCACUUACGUAGUGCCAUACUGUGGUGAAAUGUUUCUAAAAUCGUAAAACUAUUGCUUGUAAUUUUUUUUUAGUACAAUAUUUAUAGCACUAACAAUAAUGAAAUAAUUAAUUUGUUCAUCACUUCAAUUACAGCGCAACAAAAAUCAAAAUUUGAUUUUCCACACAUAUUCUGUCAUGUUAAGUUUUCGAAAAUCUUACUAACAAUGUACACCCUAGGACAUAAUUUUUAGUAAAAAUGUAUAUGUAAGCUUUUAGACACUUUUACUUCUUGAACGUGAGCUAGAAUAUGAAAAAGUAGAUUUCAUUAUAAAAUAGGGUCGGGGACAGUGAAUUUCGUCCACCCAAUUUC